AUGGCCGGCCCCCGCGCGCCCGUAGCGGCGCUGGCGGCCCUGCUCGCGGUCGCCGCCUUCACGUGCUGCGCCGUGGCGGAGCCGCCGCCGAGCGAGCGGUCCGCGCUGCUGGCGUUCCUCACCGCGACCCCGCACGAGCGCCGCCUCGGGUGGAACGCCUCCACCCCGGCGUGCGGCUGGGUCGGGGUCACGUGCGACGCCGCCAACUCCACCGUCGUCGAGGUGCGCCUCCCGGGCGUCGGCAUCGUCGGCGCCAUCCCGCCGGGCACGCUCGGCCGUCUCACCAACCUCCGCGUGCUCUCGCUCCGCUCCAACCGCGUCCUCGGCACCAUCCCCGACGACUUGCUCCAGCUGCCCGGCCUCAAGGCGCUGUUCCUGCAGCAGAAUCUGCUCUCCGGCCCCAUCCCGUCGGGAAUCCAGAGGCUCGGCGGCCUCGAGCGCCUGGUGCUCUCCCACAACAACCUCUCGGGCUCUAUCCCCUUCGCGCUCAACAACCUCACCGCGCUGCGUGUGCUCAAGCUCGACGGCAACCACCUCUCUGGGAGCAUUCCCAGCAUCAGCAUCGCGGGGCUCAGCAUCUUGAACGUCUCCGACAAUAACCUCAACGGCUCCAUCCCCAAAUCGCUCUCGCGCUUCCCGCGGGAGUCCUUCGCCGGAAACCUCCAGCUCUGCGGGGACCCGCUGCCACCCUGCAGCAGCGCAUUCUUUCCCCCCACGCCAUCGCCCGGGGCUAGCCCGGGCGGCGGUGGCCCCGCGCCGGGCUCCUCCAAGAAGCGGAAGCUCUCCGGCGCCGCAAUCGCGGGCAUCGUCGUGGGCGCCGUGGUGGUGGGGCUCCUCCUCCUCAUCGCCAUCGUGCUCUGCGCGGUGUCCAAGCGUCGGAGUGCCGCCGCCCGCGAAGGGCCCAAGGCCGCGACAUCCGCGGCGGCGGCGGCGGCGGCGCCGGCGGCCAGGGGGCAGCCCCCGCCGGCGUCCAGCGAGGGCGGCGGCAUAACGUCCUCGUCCAAGGAGGACCUCGGAGGCGGCGCGUCCGGGUCGGCCGCGGCCGUCGCGGCCGCCGCGGCGGGCGCUGCCGCCGGGGAGCAGAGCCGUCUGGUGUUCGUGGGGAAGGGCGCCGGGUACAGCUUCGACCUGGAGGACCUGCUGCGCGCGUCGGCGGAGGUGCUGGGCAAAGGCAGCGUGGGCACGUCGUACAAGGCGGUGCUGGAGGAAGGCACGACGGUGGUGGUGAAGCGGCUCAAGGACGUGGCGGUGGCGCGGCGCGAGUUCGACGCGCACAUGGAGGCGCUCGGCAGGGUGGAGCACCGGAACGUGCUCCCCGUCCGCGCCUACUACUUCUCCAAGGACGAGAAGCUCCUCGUCUACGACUACCUCCCCAACGGCAGCCUCUCCGCCAUGCUCCACGGGAGCCGAGGCUCGGGUCGGACGCCACUGGACUGGGAGAUGCGCAUGCGGUCCGCGCUGUCCGCCGCUCGCGGGCUGGCGCAGCUGCACACGGUGCACAACCUGGUGCACGGCGACGUGAAGGCCUCCAACGUCCUGCUCCGCCCGGACGCCGACGCCGCGGCGCUGUCCGACUUCAGCCUCCACCAGCUGUUCGCGCCGUCGACGACGCGGGCCGGCGGGUACCGCGCUCCGGAGGUGGUGGACACGCGGCGGCUGACGUUCAAGUCGGACGUCUACUCCCUGGGCGUGCUCCUGCUGGAGCUCCUGACGGGCAAGUCCCCCUCGCACUCGUCGCUGGAGGGCGACGGCACGCUGGACCUGCCCCGGUGGGUGCAGUCCGUGGUGCGGGAGGAGUGGACCGCCGAGGUGUUCGACGUCGAGCUGGUGCGGCUGGGCGCCAGCGCCGAGGAGGAGAUGGUCGCGCUGCUGCAGGUGGCCAUGGCCUGCGUGGCCACGGUCCCCGACGCGCGGCCGGACGCCCCCGACGUGGUCCGGAUGAUCGAGGAGAUCGGCGGCGGCCACGGCGGCCGGACGACGACGGAGGAGAGUGAGGGCGUGCGGGGCACGUCGGAAGGGGAGCGGUCGCGGUCGGGGGGCACGCCGCCAGCCGCCCCGACGCCGUGA